GCUGAUAAUGGCACUUCGUGAUUAUAUAUAAGGAACAGUCGUAGUGUUCACAGGUCACUCCUUUUCGUCUUAAAUAAAGAUCGGUGGAAGAUUCAACUUCUCACCAAUAUUUUUCUGAAGUAGACCCAGUCUCUCAAUAUGUUAGCUCGUCUAACUAUUUUCGGCCUUCUGUCGGCUUGGGGCCAGGCAAAUAUUAUUAAAGCAACCACAGGUCAAAUUCAGGACGUGCCGUUACCAGAUAAUUUUCUGAUUGGGGCUGCUGUUUCGGCUUUUCAAACAGAAGGGUGGUGGAACAAGGGAGGAAAAUCUGAGAGUAUGGUUGACCAUGUACUUCACACGGGACACCUAGGAGCUAUAGCUUAUAAAAAUGCGAACGAUUCUGACAAUGCAGCAGACUCCUACCACCGCUUCAAAGAGGAUAUCGCGAUUGCCAAAAAACUUAAGCUCCAGGUGUAUCGUUUUUCUAUUUCUUGGUCACGAGUACUGCCAGAAGGGGAUGUAGCUAAACCAAAUAUGGAAGGAGUUCAAUAUUACCAUGAUCUCAUUGGCGAAAUCCUUAAACAAGGUCUUAUUCCAUUUGCCACAGUGUAUCACUUCGACCACCCCCAGGUUUUAGAAGACCAGUUUCGGGGCUGGCAAAGUCGAGAGAUGAUUCAAAAAUUUCGUGAUUAUGCUCGAUUUGUUUUCAACGAGUUUAGCUCAAAGGUCCAGCUGUGGGCCACCAUCAACGAACCGAACGGCAUGUGUGCCUAUUUCGGCACCCUCCUUAUCACGGCAGGCCUUGUGCAGGCCGACAAUUAUGAUACCUACAAGUGCAUGCACCACAUAACACUGGCGCACGCAGAGGCGUACCGAGCAUUCAAAGAAGACAAACUUACAGGACGCGUGGGUGUCAACACGUGGAUCAUUACGGCCAAACCCAACACAACGUCGAUCGAGGACUCCUUUGCCGCAGAGGUAUUUAACCAGUUACAGGCUGGUUCCAUUCUACACCCGAUUGUCUUUGGUGACUACCCAGAGCUCGUGAAGACAUUUACAGGUCAUUUACGACCAGAGUUUACACCUGCAGAGAAAGAGAUGAUGAGGGGAGCUACUGACUUCAUAAGUCUUAACAUAUACGCGGGAGGAAAUGUCGCUUAUAGGGAUCCGGACAGCACCCCAGAGACACUUCCUUUUAGCGGUGGUGCAGUCAUCGUCGAAAAAAUGACUCAUGGAGCAGAUUUUAUUUCGUUUCGAUUUGCGGACGGGCAAGGAAGGAGGACAGAAAAUUACCCUUCGUAUAAUGUGGCUCCAGAAGUAAUGCACAGCUCACUUUUAUGGACGUGGCAACGAUACAAACUACCGAUCAUGGUAGCAGAGAACGGAAUUUCCCUCAAGAAGGGUAUGGAUGAAAAGCUGAGGACUGCUUACUAUAGUGCAUAUCUACGAAGUGUCGUCUCAGUUGUCAACGAUUUCAAGGUCAAUGUGAUGGGAUACAUCGUCUGGAGCUUAAUUGACACCUUCGAAUGGAGCAAUGGAUACGACGCUAAGUACGGUAUAGCUGCCGUAGAUUAUGAGAGUGGCAGCUUGAAUCGCAGUCUCAAGUCCCCACCCGACUUCUGGCUUCAGAUAGCAGAGAAACGGGUCAUUCCGUUUGUAGAAGUUCCACAGUCUUCAUCCUCGCCUUCAUUAUAUCGGCUUGUGACCACAAAAGCACUUUGGCUGGCCAUCCUUCUAUAUGUUAAGCAGGUUGUGUAAAUUUUAUGACCCUACACUUAAAUAUAAACUACAUUCUUUUGUAAACUGUCACGCUCAUCUGCCUAGGCCUGAUUCAAAAUUUCACUACUUUUGCAAAUGUCAACAAGCAGGCCCGCCCUUCCGCCAAACGAAGUUGUCAGCUUCACUUCUCUCCGCAGGCAACUCCGUUCGGCAGAGGCCGUGCCUGCUUCGCCUGCUGGCGGUGUUUCACUAUAUGUAAUUCGAACAAUCUUAGCCUUUCGUGGGGCCUGCGCGGCCCUUAAGAUUAGCUCCUUGUCCACGAGAAAAGACUGUAGCUGUGCGACACCGUGACUAGACCCCACCCUUCUGCUUUGGAAAUGAAUAAAAAAUAACAAGUGCA